AUGGCGCGCUUCGUCAUCUCCGCAUCGCCUUUCCAGUCUCAGGUAUCGGAUCUUCUGCCAUGUUACAAUAAUGGCAGAUCGUCUCUGCUUUAUGGUAUGCUCAAAGCUUAUGGGCUUCUAGGAUAUUUUGACGAGGUGAUCGUAUCGCCCAACUGCUCAAUUGCAGAUCUACGGCAAUUCCAUUCCAAGGAAUACCUGGAAGUACUGUUCGACUCAUGCUCUGAAGAAGAACCAAAAAUUCAUGCAGCAGACAAUGAGGCCAUUCGAAAGGUCGCUUUACCAGCAACGAACUGGCUUGAGUUGAAUGCUGGGCUGGUUGAAGGGAAAUCGCCCUGGUCUGAUCCUGGAAGUUCACUUUACAAAAACUAUCUGGAUUACAACUUUGAUGGAUCAGAAUCGGUACAAUCCAAUUCAACUUUACAACACCGGCUACAUGGCGAUGAAAGUCUUUGUUUGAAAAAAUCUCAAAACCUUAUGAGAUAUGGUCUCUCACACGAUUGCCAUAUUUUUGAAUACUUACCCAUGUACUGCAAAGUUCUUGCAGGUGCGACACUAGCCUUGGCAAAACAUGCUGUUCACCGAGGCCAACGCACUAUUUCAAUAAAUUGGGAUGGUGGUAGACACCAUGCCUUGCGAUCAAAGGCCAGUGGAUUUUGUUACAUAAACGACAUUGCACUGUUAGUUCUCAGGUUGAGAAAAUUGGGGAUCAAAGCAUUAAGCUAUGUAGAUUUUGAUUUGCACCACGGAGACGGCGUUGAGCGAGCCUUUCAAUACUCUGCCAACGUUCAAACCAUAUCUGUGCACUUGCUUGAGCCUGGUUUUUUCCCAGGUUCGGGCACAUUGAAGGAUGCACGUCAAGGGAAAAAUGUUGUAAACCUUCCCGUCUUACAUGGCCUUGAUGACAACGCUCUGAAUAUGCUGGUCAACAGAGCUAUUGUUCCAGCUAUGAAGCGUCAUAAACCACAGGCUAUAAUUAUUCAAUGCGGCGCAGAUGGAUUGAUGGGUGACAAAUAUGGAGAGUGGCAGCUGACCAUCGCGGGCCUUGCUGAGAACAUCUUGACAGUCAUGCGAAGCUUUCCUGAUGCCAACAUAGUGCUUCUAGGCGGCGGUGGCUACAAUGAAAAACUGACCAGUAGGUUUUAUACGUUUUUAACGUGGAAAGUUCUAUCUGAAUUUUCAGAGACGUAUGAGGGCUCCAAUCCCUUUGAGAAAGAAGAGGACGUUAUUCCUGACCACGAGUUUCUCGAUUCCUACAAGGACGAGUUUUACAAGUUCUGGUAUUACGACAGCAAAGGCUGCCGCACAUCAUUUCUGAAGAACGACAACACAAGAGCCAAUCUCGAGAAGCUUGUGCAAUUUUAUAGCACGGCUUGA